AUGGCAUCCCCCAAGGCGGGAUACGGACUACCGGCCAAGCCUACCGAUGGCUUUCGAAGACGACCCGAAGACUCGAGAAUGCUGAGCGGCAUCCCAAAAUCUACGUUCCGGGCGAGCGAAAGAGAAACAGACACAUCGAGGAUAGCAAAGCAGGAUCAGUUGCAAUCCCGUGGGACUAGCCGGGUCCCUCUCCCAUCUACAGCACGCCGUCCCUCUGCUUCCCAAAAGCCUGUUUCAAAGCUUGCCUCGGACCGGCAAUCAAAGUCAUGGGGCUCAGCAACUAGCUCCUCUGGCCACUCUCGGUCCCAUACGCAGACUGAAUCAGGCUCGUCCUCUUCUAGCCGGUCAUUCGAUAGUGGCUCAAGGUUGGGACAAAAUGUGCCGAGACGGAAAAAUCCUUCACUAUCACCCGAUGCCGCCAGCUUGCUUGGUGAUUCUCCCAACUUGGGCUCAGGUUCUCCCAAGCGCCGGUCACAGGUAAUAAUAGACCCGGCACUUGGAAUUCAGCUUGAUCCAGGUGUGAUUAUUAGCCCUAGCAGCGUCUACAACGAAGAGCCAUCGAACGUCUCCAAGCCCGUUGGCCAAUCUCCGGUGAUAUACCCUGAGCUAGAUCGAUAUCGCCACCACGAUCGAGCACAAAAUGUCUUGAACAGGCAGAUUGCGGACAUACCUUAUCGCCUGGCUACACAUGAUCUACCACCGCCAACACCUGGGAGCUUGCUCUUUUCUGCCAACAGCAGCCAGGUUAGUGCCAUCAGCGGCAGUCCUUCGACAAGAUUUUCUGCAUCUCCCGGUCCAGGACCAUAUAGCCGAGACACUACUCCAACUUCAAUAUCUUCACAGUCUCCCGGUCUUUUUGUCCCUAGUCGAGGCUUCCCCCUGACUAAGACCCGGCAACACAGUCCUGCCUUUACUCGCCCGCCAGUGACUAGGCGAAGAACUGGGAGUAUAUCAAAUGAAGUGGACUUAAUAAGCGUUGACCCUCAUGGUCUAGCUGCAGUUAGAGAAUCAUUGACUUCAUCAUCUUCGAGUUCUACAGUUAAAGGGAGUGUGGUUAAUACAAAAAGAGAGAGGAAAGGCGGAAAGGUUCUAGGAGUACCUCCACAAAGCCCACCACCACGGAAAUCUUCCCAGAGAUUCCGCACGAGCCAAGACGAUGAAGAGCUUUCUCCUAGGCAGCAUCUCCAACAGAGAGCUCAACCCAUAGAGAUGUCACCCCCGGCAAAGUCCAGUCUCUCACCUCGCAGUUAUCAGUCGCCAUCACCACAAGCUAUGCCGCCACGCCGACCGAGCCGGGAUGGAACUGCUGAUCUCAAGUCCCAGCUGUUCACCCCAAUCCCAGUCAUUCAAAGUACUUUAGCACUCCGCGCAGCCAAUAUGGAGAGGCGUGAUAGUGAAUCUUCAAUGGCUCACCCAUCUCAGCCUUCAGUUUCGCAGGCCAACAAGAGUGCCUCAACAUCAAAUCUUCUCACGUCUGAGCAACCCAUCCCACCAAGUAGAUUGGCGGGUCGGAGAAAGCUUAGCGUGUCUGGCAUAGUCAAGCAGACUGAUACAUCAACCUCAACUGCCAAGGCUUCCGGUUCUCGAUUUCCAUUCUUUGGGCGCAAAAAAUCUGCUUCUGAGAGCGCAGCAAAUGACAGAGAAAAAAGGGAUAAACAGAAAGUGCCCAGAAAAGGCCCAGCGGCUGGCACAGGUCACGAGGGUUACGGACGAAUCGGCGCUGUUCGACGACGGAGUGGGAUCAUUCCGAAUCAUCAAGUAUCGAAUGAGAGCCUUGUUAGUGGUGACUCCUUCCUGGCCGACCGCAUAAAUCCUGUUAUUAUAUCAGGAGGAGCUAUCGUUGAAAAUCGAAACGCCAGUGCCGAGCUCAUCAGGUCAGAGAGCAACCUGAGUUUAUCAACAAACGAACGCCCAAGCAUCGAUUCAGUAGCAGCUUCUACCAUCUCUUCUGCUUCAAAAGAUGUGCCAAGAACAUCUUUCUGGCCUUCAGCCAUCCCUCGUGGACCUCCUAAUGCUCGGAGGCCAUCUGAUAACACCGAUACCAGUAGCGUGACCAUGGGAUCUACUUUGGCAUUCCGGCGAUCAAUUCAACGACUAAAGUCGUUUCCGGACAAUCCUUUGCAACUGCCACAACCGAUAAACACCAGCGGGGCAAUUUCAUCGCCAAUGACUAGCUUUGAUACCAGCAUUAUGUCUGAUGAGUCUUCGCUAUUUAAUAUUCAGCAACGACCAUCUCAUGAGUUGAGAAAUGCCCAGCCAGCACCUAAAAAACUGCAGAAGAAGCCUCGAUCUCCAAGAAAGUGGAAUUUCUUCAGUAGAUCAAACACUCAGCCCAAACCGAAGAAAGCAAGUGAGACAGUUGCAGUCACUGUUCAGCCUGUGGAGAAGAAACCUGUGGCCUUUUAUACCAUAAUGGACUCGCCUGAACAAGAGCCUGUAGACCUACGGGAAAUUCUACGGGAAGCUGACGCCUACUCACGCUCGCCUGCCGAGAUAGGUACCCCUGAACUGCAGGCAGCUGAAGGGCAGUCUCCCAUUCUAUCGCAGUUGCAGCCUCCAGCAAACAUCAUACCGCAGCGUCCUUUGCCUAGCCAGGAACUUCAGGCCAGAAUACCCGAACCCAUCCUUCCACAAAUUGAAGGAGAUGUUCCAGUUGCUAUGACGCUAAGCUCCGGAAGGCCCAGUCGACUACCGCAAGUAGGCAGAAUUCCCCAUGUGGUGAGCAACCGUCCAGAGGCGACCUCCCCUCGUAGCUUCUCACGACCGUUUGGGACAAAUCAGCCGCUGGCUUUGCAUAUACCUCCAACGCGUGGUUUAGGCAUGAACUCUAGGGUGCCUAAUUUUUCCAAGCCAUCCACACCCAUCCCGGAUGCAAGCGGUGAAGGCUCAACCACCGACGCAGGGACAGAAUUUUCCUUCUUCAGCGAGCCUAGAUCACAUAUAUCUCCCGGUCCUCCAACCACACAAGAGUUCCUAGCAUUUUCUCCUCGAAAGAAUUCGGACUGUACCAGUUCGACUGAAUCUUGUGUCUACAGCUAUGUAGAGGCGACCGCUGUCAUCCCAAAGCCUGAUGAUCCACCUGCAGAAGAUGAGGUUUGGGAUGAGUAUAAUGAUCUUCUGGGGGAAGAAGCUGUGAAAGAUCGACAAUCAACCACAUCUUCCAAGGGCGUUCCUUUUCAUCUCGAAACAUAUCAAAUGAAGCUCAUGAAGGAAAAGUCUCUUGAGUCUCCAACGAUCGUCACUGAUAGCCGCAAACUGUCGACUCUCUCAGAUGCCCCAACAGCUUCCACUUCCUUUAGUGCUGAUAUGACGGAGAGAAUUCGGAAAGCCUUUCAGCCUCAUCCCAGCCCUACCGUACCCUCGCCGGUGCCAGAGGAUACAGAGCAAUAUCAUGGUGGGCAUUCAAGGAAGCCUAGUGCCGCUGAGACGACUCGACACAGCACUGUUUCUUCUCACAGGUCCAGGCAAUCGAGUUCAUCCAACUCUUCAGAAGAAGGAACACCUCUGGCUCAGGUGAAUCUUCGUGUAGGAUCUAUGACCGUUAGUAAAUGGCUUACUUUUGGCCAAGUUCUCUUCAGCGACAUUCGCCAUGGACUGGUGCGGGGCCAAGAGUCCCUAGAACGCCCCCAAGUUCUCGUGAUCGAUGGGCUCGGCAACGAUGACUGGUCAUUUUACGCUGCGGAAACAUACUCAGCCGCCAGUUUCUUCAACUUAUCCCCACGUGCUCCUUUACCUGCCGAAGUACAGAGCUCUCCAUCUCGCUAUCCCUUGAGCCCACCCAACCAUCAUCAAGUUCAGUAUCUUUCCCAUCUUGAUGAGUUUCCAUUUGAUUCGCAGACUUUUAAUUGCGUUGUUUAUCGUUUCCCAGCCGCCGCCACGGAGGCGCAUUAUCAGAAUGUACUUUCUGAAGCCCGUCGUGUGCUCAAGCCGGGUGGAUAUCUUGAACUAUCUAUUCUUGAUGUCGACCUCAAUAACAUGGGUAAUCGCGGGCGCCGGGCCAUUCGUCAACUCAAGGAACGCAUGAAUGGAACAUCGCCAGACACCAAUCUAGCGUCUACUGCCGAUCUAAUUGUUCGUCUCCUGGGAAAGAGUGGCUUUUCAACUAUCAAAGCUGCCCGUGUUGGUGUCCCGGUGGCAAGCUCAAUCACCUCCUCUGACGAUAACUCUCAAGGCAAAGGCUCAGCUGAGAUCAAGAAAAAGAAACCCAAGGAUCAGCCUAGCCUGGCAGAAAUGAUGCGAGAUCAUAGUUCAAAUGCAGAUGAGGGUAUCACCAAUAUGGUGUCCCGAGUAGGGCGCUGGUGGUAUUCUCGAUGCUAUGAGAACGCAACUAGUCAUUCUUCUGGGAAGAGUAUCUGGAACGACAAGGCUUUACUCAGAGAAUGCGAGGAGCUGGGCACUAGUCUCAAGCUGAUGGUUUGUUGUGCUCGUGCGCCUUGA